UGGCGGACAAUCGGCUCAAAAGUUGCUGUUAAAAAUCCACAAACAGAAUCAGUCUUUAGUAGUAAUUCCUUUGCCUUCAAAGUCUAAAUAAUGARCUAGAGAAACCUGGAGAAGAUAAGUAGAAGAAAAUCAUGACUGUCUUCCUACGAAACUUGCAGAAAAGAGUUAUUUUCGACAAUGCUGCAGUUAUUCGUGAUACAACCUUUCUCAUGCAGUUGUUAAGAGUGGAAAUGUUUGAUGUCAGCGUGGUUUGUAGUGGUGAAAAAUUAAUYAAGAGCCUGAACCUUAAAUAUCGGAAGAGGAAUGUUCAGACYGACGUCCUUGCUUUUCCUUAUUUUGAGAAUCUAAAACCGGGACUUAUUCCCAAGCCCUCCAUGYCAUGUGAGUACAAUCUUGGUGACAUAAUACUWGGCAUGCGUGUMAUUGAAAAAGACUGUAAAGAAGACAACAGGGACCUCCAGGAACAUCUKUCAAUUGUGAUUGCCCAUGGACUUUGUCAUCUGUUGGGAUAUUCACAUGAAACUAAAGAAAAUCUUCUUCUGAUGAACAAAAAGGAAUCUGAGAUACUCAAGGGUUUGAAUGAAAAGACUGGCUACAACACAUUACCAAUGACCCUUUCAGCUGAUUCCAACACAUCUGAUGAGAUUGACAGAUUUUUGGAAUACCAACACCAUCCACCAAUGCCAGCUGGCACUUCAGAUAACAAAUCUGACAAAAUUCUACAUCGAUACCUCAGAGAGAGUCAAAGGAAUAAAUACUAGAUGUGCAAAUUUAAUUUACAUUCACUUUGAGAGCCAUUGUAUUUGAGCCUUGAACUGAACUCAUUUUUUUUUCAAAUUCUAGGAUUAUCUAUCCUAUUGAAAUAGUAACUUGCUGCAAAAAGAUUUGGAAUUGGAUGAAUAUGCAAUAUUUAUCAUCAUAUUGAAUUUCCUGGCAGUUUGGAAAAAUGCACUCUCUUUGAAAUAGGGACUCUCUUGCAUUUAUGGAGCUCUUGAAAGUGGAUGGUGGAGAUUCGAAGGUAUUMAUUCCUGGUAUAAAUGCCUUUGAAUUAUAAGCCAACUUUCAACAAUUYUUAUUUGACAUAUCAAAUGAGAACGUUGGUUCCUUACUAGAUGUCACACUUUGCUUGACUCAGGUCCCCAUGAUAGUUUGCGGCAAUUUUACAAAAAAACUAGCUUUUAACUGACUUCCAUGAAGGAGCAAAAAAAAAAACAUUUUAUUUUUCCAUGGUGGUUUUCCUUACCCUGCGAGCAGAGUGUAUUUCCUUACCUCAAUAAAAAUUCACGAAUUUUUAUUGAGGUAAGGAAAUACACUCUGCUCGCAGGGUAGGUUUUCCUCAUCUUUGGAGAAAAUUGAGUUAAGUUGCACUUUAAGUUUGAGUUUUAUAAGCUGUCAAUCAUGUGGCAAGAGGCAGAGUUCUUGAUUGGCUGUUGACAUGRUUCAUGACAGUUUUGAAUAACCCAAAAUGCAUUUUGUUGCUUGUGGUAAAGAGUUUUGGUAGUAAUGGUCAUCAUUCAACUGAGUGGAAUUUMAAAAGGGGGAGACAGGGAUUUAUGUCAAGCUUGAUUUCAAUCUGUUUCCAUUCAAUGAAAUGAAAGUUUGUUUCCUCUGAAAGAUUAUUAUACAGACUCCUCCCAUUAUUCUUAUCAUAAUUUCAAAGAAAGAAAAGAAAGUGUUUUGGGGUGCAUAUACUAUAUUUGUGAACACUUCUAAUAAAAAAAUCCACUAUUUGCACUAAAACCAUGAAAUAGUCGAGAUUUGGUUAAACCAACCAAUUUAGUUACUAUGCUUUCAGGCUUUGAGUGUUUAUACUCUAAACAAUUGAAAACAAAGGAUUUGGUAACUAUUAGCCAUUCCGGAAAUUC